CCCUCCCCUCCCGCUCGCGAACGCUCCCGGUAACCAAAUGCACUGCAAUGCUGGUAGGGACGUCGAGUCCUGCAGAUAUGACACCCCACUAGGACAAGUGGGCCCUGUUGAGCUUUAAGUAUGGCUUUUUAUCCUCCAAGAAAACGACCGAUUGGGGAUAGGGUUGUAUGGACAUUGUUACGAUACCAUGAAUUGGUAGGGUCAGCCCCCCGAGCUCGUCGCAGCAAAUCAUUCCUGGCCACCCCCCUUUUAUCUCCGGGUCUUGGCAGAAGGGAUGCGCUGGCUACGGCCCCUGGGCGGCGUCCUGACUACGCUGGUGCCAGCGUCCCUGUACGACAUACGAUGUUUCCCACCCACGAACCGUUACGCGGGGUGGAGAGAAAAUUUGAUAUCUACAGUAUUUGGCGAAUGCGUGAAGCGGUCGAUGGCUUCGGUGAGAAAACCAGGCAGUUCUUCUCCAUAUCCAUACAGUCUCCUCUCGAAUACAUAAGGAUGACUUCUCCCACCAGUUUCCCGUGUAGAAAUCACCUUUUACUACAACUUUCGAAGGUGUAUACCGAGUAUCUCGUUUACACCAUCUACCGACAUCCAUUUAUCUUUUGAAACAAUCCAACAAAGUCUCUAGAGAAACCUUUCGUUUUCAAUCCAUAUUUCGCUUACCUACUCGGCUCAACGAAAAGUCGGAAAAUGAUCUGAUAUUACGAUUCAGACUACUUCGCCUUUCAAGUCUGAGAAAAUAAAUAUCACACAGUCCAAAGGAUUCAGCGAAUAUCAACACCACACCACACUUCUUCAGUAAAGACAUACGCCUACAAACCAGCGUUCGCCCACACUCCUGUCAUCACUCCAACAUUCAUACUCAUCCUCAAACUCAACCCUCAAACUCAACCCUCAAACUCAACCUCGCGUCCCUUCCUCAUCCCCUUCCUCAUCCUUACCUCCUUCCCUCGCGUAUCCUCACAUCCUACACCACUCAACCCACCAUUUCCAAUCCCGAUUCCGACCCCAAACAACCAACAAUCAUGUCCCAAGGCAGUGCAUCAUCAACCCAAGCCAUGAAUGGUUCCGUCACCAGGUAAAUCAAUCCUUCUUUAGCCUCUCGGUUUUACCAUACACUUCCCCAUCCACACUUCCCCAUCCACACUUCCUCCUCCAUACACAAUCUACAAUUACUCACUACUACCACACUUCCUCUCCCUCUCCUACCCUCUCACCCUCUCACCCUCUCACCCUCUCACCCUCUCACCCUCUCACCCUCUCACCCUAUCACCCUCUCACCCUCCCACCCUCUCACGCUAUCCCACAACCCAACCUAACAAACCCCCUCUCACAGCACCAAAAGAGCCUCAAGCCCCCUACACAACACCAAUCCCUCACAAAACUCCCGAACCCAAAUCCCCUCACACACCAACUCCCAAAUAGCCACCUACCUCCAGAGCUCAACACCAUAUACACCAUAUACCACCACAACCACCACCACCACUGACGAAGCAAUCCAGAGCGCACGGCAGAAUAUGGCUUCGAAGAUCUCAGAGUUCGACAACGCCUUUGAAGGGCGUGAGAGUAGGUGAGAGAUAAAACACCAUAGGCGAUAAAUACCGUAAGUACAUGUAUAUAUCUAAGCGAGACACUCACCCUCUUCACACCCUCCCCCCUCCCCCUUUGAUUAUCCAAAGCCAUGAAUCAAAACCUAACAACCCUAUCCAAGCUCAGAGAAGCCCAAUAAACACCAAGACCAGCUGAAGAAAGACCGCGAAAUCUGCAAUUGACAAUUGACAAUUCCCGUCCCUGGUUCAACACUGAGACCUAAACCGAGAGGUCGCGGUAUACUCACAUUGGACAGCCUUUACUCCACAUCUACUCAGGAAGCAAUCCAAAGCGUACUCCGUACACCAUACUAUACCUCCCAAGACUAUAGAACCCGAUAAGCACUCCGCGAGGCGUACGUAUAUAUAAGCGAGCGCCAAUGCCGUAAGCGAAAGAACGCAUCUCAUCCCCUCCCACCUUUUCCUUUUCCCAUCCACAUUGAUUAGAAGUAACGACGACCGAACAAUCCUAACAACAAGAGUAGAUUAUUCAAGACCGCGAAAUUAGACAAUCCCACUCUUAUCGCACAAUCACUACCCACAACUACCAAAACCCGUCAAGCAAUCCAUAAAGCACGCUAUACUACAACCUCCAAGAUCUCGAAGUUCGACAAGAUUCUCAAACGGAGUGAGAGCAGGUGAGAAGUAAAAGUUCAAACACGCACGACACAAAUCCCGCAAUCGAGGA